AUGUGUAACAGUCCAACCAAGGAGCCGCCACGUCGCCUCAUUACUACUGACAUAUCGCCCUACUUGAUAGAAUCACAUUUUAUUGCAUUGUUUAUUUUCCAUAUUAAAAUAUUUACAUUCUUCUUUUCAGUGAAUGAAAAUGUUCAGCAUGUGUUACCUUGGGCUGUAAGUGCUGCAGCUCUCAGUUAUGCAUUGUAUGCAACUAUUGUAUUGGUAAAAAAGAAGGGACGUGUAAAUAAGAAAGUGCAGCUAGGUACUGAUAAGGUUGUUCAUUCUGUAGAUAUUGAAGAUAUUGGAAAGAAGUCUGUAUUCUGCAGGUGCUGGAAGUCAGAAAAGUUUCCAUAUUGUGAUGGCAGUCAUAAUAAACACAAUGAAGAAACUGGUGACAAUUUGGGUCCUUUAAUUGUGAAGCAGAAAGAUUCUUAAAUGUUUAACUUUUUUUUCCAUGUAUUAUUAGAAUAUUUCAUACUUAACAUAACAUUUUGGUAUGUUGAAAAUGAUUUCUGUAAAGAUCUUUGUAACAUUAAAAAAUGAAAAAUGUAUGUUGUAAAUAAAUUUUUCAAAUUGGUAUUUUCUUUAAAUAAAUCUAUUUAAUGUGGAA